AUGGUGAUAGAACGAUUACUUACGCUUUAUUUUGGUUGUCACUGUGUCAGCACGAGAAAUAUUAUUAUCAAGGUGCUAGCGAACACAAGGAAUAUACCAAUAGAUCAUUAUGCAUAUCAAAUAUGUGAUGAUCUUGCGUGUACGAAUUCUGAGAUACGUUGUGUUACACUGAAGUUCUUGAAAAGGUUGAAGUGUGUGGUGAACGAUGAAAAUGUAAUAUUAUGUGCUAAAAACGCAGGAAGAAAGGCAUACAUAUCCAUUUUAAGAAACAAUAUAGAUAUUACUUCUCAGAUUUAUCGCAGUUGCGUUGUGAAAGGAACAUUUCCUAGUUUUACGGUCAAAGAGCAUGUGCGGAUCGCUCAAAGAAAUUUUUACGUACAAUCUCUGCUUGUGAAUAAAAUAAGAAAAGAAAAAAAUGCGGAAUUAAAACGAGAGGUUGAGGAAAAGAUACCUUUUCUAAGAGAUGGGGCAUAUAAUGCUGUUAAAGGGAUGAAGAGGGUUAAUUAA